GCUUUUUCAAGUGACGUGUGAGCAUGUGUCAGCUUAAUUUACAAAUUGAAAGCAAAGCUGUCUUCACCAGACCCGUACGUUCUUGUGAUCUGUACAAGGAAAUACAGUGUGCGUUUUUGCGAGGAAUGGGGAAGGAAAUUCGAUUCUUUGAGUUGAACACCGGGGCCAAGAUGCCUUCCGUUGGCCUCGGAACCUGGGACUCCGAGCUUGUUGACGUCGCCGUCACCACCGCCAUUAACGUCGGAUAUCGAAACAUUGAUUGUGCUCAACUUUAUGGCAACGAGAAGGAGAUUGGGUCUGCUUUGAAGAAGCUGUUUAAUAAUGGUGUAGUGAAGCGUGAGGACUUAUGGAUCACCUCCAAACUCUGGUGUACGGAUCAUGCUCCAGAAGAUGUACCAAAGGCAUUUGAUAAAACUCUGCAGGAUUUGCAGCUUGACUAUCUGGAUCUCUAUCUAAUACACUGGCCAGUUGGGAUGAAAAAGGGGUCAGUUGGAUUUAAGUCUGAAAACCUUACACGGCUAGACAUUCCAAGCACAUGGAAAGCAAUGGAGGCGCUAUAUGAUUCUGGCAAGGCUCGAGCCAUUGGAGUAAGCAAUUUCUCUACAAAGAAGCUGGAAGCUUUGUGGGUGGCGGCCAGAGUGCCUCCUGCUGUCAACCAAGUGGAGUGUCACCCUCACUGGCAGCAGCCAAAGUUGCACGCCUUUUGUAAAUCUAAAGGAAUUCACCUAUCUGGUUAUUCACCAUUGGGUUCCCCCGCUAUGGAGAUUAUGAAAAAGGAGGUCCUUAAAAACCCAAUUCUCCUUUGGGUUGCAGAAAAACUGGGAAAGACGCCUGCACAAGUGGCCCUUCGUUGGGGGCUGCAAAUGGGUCACAGUGUACUGCCCAAGAGCUCAAAUCAGACAAGGAUCAAGGAAAAUUUUGACGUUUUUGGCUGGUCUAUACCUGAUGAUUUGUUUGGAAAGUUCUCUGACAUUGAGCAGGAGAGGAUAAUUAAGGGCACUCCAUUUGUUCAUGAGACCUUCGGUGCCUAUAGGACCAUUGAAGAACUCUGGGAUGGGGAGCAGUGAGCAGAUCUUAUUUUUGCAGCAUUAUUGUAUUGCAUAUCCUGUUGGAUUACAUAUUCCCUGGUAGUAAAUAGUUUCUUCCUCAAAAGUUUAAAGUAAAUAAAAACUGAGGACAUUUGCUGAACAUGUUGAUAAAUAUAUUGCGGAGGGGUGAACUAAGAAGUUGUGAUACCUCUGCGUUGGAUAUUGUUUUGAGUUACAUUCAAAAUCGAUGAAACAUAGAUUUGGUGACUACUUUGAAAA